AGUCCUGUGAAAGUUAUGAUUUUUUCGUUUUCGAAUUAAUACCCUUCGAUGACGACAGAAGAGAGCGACUGUGACGUAAUUGAUCGUCAUCACGGUUACACGCAAAAUAUCAAAUCUCGAGGGAAGCGAAUGCCGAUCGUACAACAACGCAGAGGGAGAUGGCUGCUUGCUAAUAACGAUAAUAAUCCAGUUUGUAGCGAUUGGUGCGUGCAUCUAGCUUGUUAUUGCUAUCAAUCGAGGAAUCGUUCGUCGAGGCAAGAAAUAAUUCAUAAGCGGAAUUGUAACUUUUCAACUAAAUUGGAUGAUCGUAUCGUCGAUCGGAAUGGAAGGCAUAACUACACAGCGUUGGAUCACGGGCCGUCCGUUUGCGAAAAUGUUGGCGAGUACAUGGAAAUGGAGAAAAGAUCGAGGGACCGUGCCUUAUCAAUUUGUCAGGCCUAUAUUCGUAGAACACCGCGCUAUAGUCUCGUCAAGCAGCUGAACAAUCUCGGUUCUAGAAUGGACAAACACUGGUUCGUGGUGAGAGAUACCUCUUUAAAAACCGAUCGACUGAUCACGCUGGCUCCGUUGAAUAGAAACUGCUCGCUGAGCAUAACUCCACUGACAAAGAACAUUUUGAACGACUUGUUCUUAGCCUUGCAACAUCCGUAUAUAUGCCCUAUAUUCGAUAUCGACUUCCUCGAAUUCGAAAGUCAAAACUACGUGGUCGUAGUUCAACCGAUUAGUCAAGGUAGCUUGAAGGAUUUGAUAUACGGGAUCGAAAGGACAGGUUGGAACGAGGACUGGAAUCAGAAAUACGGUUCACGCGGUAAAGGGCUUCCUUUGCCUCAGGUUCAACAAAUGGGCCGUCAAGUGCUGGAAGCGUUGAUCUUUUUGAAAGAAAGGGGAUUUCCAACGGUAAUCCACCUGCACUCGGGGAACGUGCUCGUUCAAAACGGUGUCGCGCGUCUCGCUGGCCUAGAAAACACGCUCCUCGGUUUCACCAGUCGUAUACAUCCGUUGAUCGCUUCUCGGAUCUCGCAGAGCAUCUCCAUUGAUAUGAUAUGCUUCGGUCGUCGAGUUACUCAAGUUCAUAUUUACCGAAACGCCUAAUCGUCACAAGAUUGUAGAGGAGCUUCUUGUUCACGAUCUAUUUAGAAAUAUUGAUCUCCGUGAAAUGCGGAGUGCUUCCGUCACGAGUCACGCAGUUGGAUACCGUCGACAUCGAUGCGUCGUCUGUUCAUAGGUCACACACCGUUUUCAAGAACUCCUUACUCGACGAGAUAUACAACGAGCUUUCAAACACGGCCGUAUAAUAUAACUGUGGGAACAAAGUUUACUUCGUCGUGAUUUUAUCUUUAAUAUAUUCGUACGUUUCUCUACAGAGUGCCA